AUGAACGAGCUCAAGCCAGCCACGCGCUACACCAGCACCUCUCUUCACGAGGCCGUCAAAUUGCGCCUGGAUGAGCAAGGAUCCUUCUCGCAGGGAAUCGUCCCGCAAACCAUUCCUCAACUCUUCGCGGAAGUGUGUGAAAAACAUCCGGGUCUGCCUGCAUUGGUGUGGGAAACCCCAGGAGCCGGAGUCGAUGGCUGGACCACUUUGACAUACCGCGAGUAUCAGGAGCGAGUGGAGCAGGCAGCUCUGAUGCUCCUAAGUGUUGGCCUCGAGGAGCGGAGUUCCGUGGGCAUCCUGGCCUUUAAUUGUCCAGAGUGGUUCUUUGCCGAGUUCGCAGCCUUGAGAGCUGGUGCAGUUGUGGCAGGAAUCUAUCCUAGCAACUCCGCAGAGGCCGUUUAUCAUGUUCUGGCCACUGCUGACUCCACCGUGUGUAUCGUGGAUGAUGCCCAACAAAUGGCCAAGUUGAGAGCGAUCAAGGACCGCCAUCCACGUCUGAAGGCUGUGAUCCAGUUGCACGGACCUUUCGAGAACUUUGUGGAUCAGGAACCCGGCUACUUCAGUUGGCAGAAGUUGCAGGAGAGAAACUAUUCCAACGAUCUCAAGGAGGAGCUGAAGGACCGGGAGAGUCGAGUUUAUCCCAAUGAAUGCGCCAUGCUGAUAUUCACUUCGGGCACUGUGGGUCUUCCCAAGGCUGUGAUGCUCAGUCACGACAACCUUAUCUACGAAAUAAAAUCCACAACAGCUUUCCUGGGCAACUUUAACGUCGGUUCGGAGCGUUUUGUGUGCUAUUUACCUCUAAGCCAUGUGGCUGCUCAGAUUCUUGAUUUGUUUUCCGGUCUAAUUUCCGCCGGAUGCGUGACAUUCGCUGAUAAAAACGCUCUCAAGGGAACCUUGAUCAAAACCUUCCGAAGGACGAGGCCAACAACGAUGUUUGGAGUUCCACGAGUCUUCGAGAAGAUCCAGGAGCAACUGGUGGUUGCGGAGGCGAAAGCUAAUCCUGUCUCCAGGAUGCUUUUGGCCCAUGCUCGAGCUUCGGUAGCUGAAUAUAGGAACACAUUGUUUAAGGGCAAAACCCCGUCUCUUGCUCAGAGUGUUAAAUACUGGCUGGCGUCUCGACUGGUAAAACGCAUUCGAGAGAUAAUUGGCUUGGACAAGAGUCGCUUUUUCCUGACAGGCGGAGCUCCCAUCUCUGCCGAGAUGAAGCAGUUCUUUCUGGGCCUGGAUAUGCCUCUGGGCGAGUGCUAUGGGAUGUCGGAGAGCGGCGGUAUUAUCACUUUGAAUGUCAGUAAUCGAAUAACUAAUUUAUACAGUGCGGGUCCUCCCGUCAGGGGAAUGGGAGUGAUGAUCCAUGAACCGGAUAGCAAUGGCCAAGGGGAGAUUUUGAUGCGAGGUCGUAGUAUAUUUAUGGGUUACCUAGGACUGCAGGAGAAGACCGAAGAAGCAAUCAAGGAGGAUGGUUGGUUGCAUUCUGGUGACUUGGGGUACAUGGAUCCCAAAGGAAAUCUCGUAAUCUCUGGUAGACUCAAGGAGCUCAUCAUUACCGCAGGAGGGGAAAAUAUCCCUCCGGUGCACAUCGAGGAGUUGAUAAAGAAGGAGCUGCCCUGCGUGAGCAAUGUCCUUCUGAUCGGUGACCAUCGCAAGUAUCUGACAGUGUUGUUAUCCUUGAAGACAAAGUCUGAUGCCAAGACGGGAACUCCUCUGGAUGCACUGCGUGAAGAAACGGUAGAGUGGCUUCGAGAUCUGGACAUUCACGAGACCCGUCUCUCCAGUCUUCUCAAUAUUCCGGCUGACUUGCAGCUCAACAACGAUGCUGCAGUUGUAUCGGCUGCCUUGGACAUCACCGCCGAACCCAAACUCCUAGAAGCUCUCGAGGAAGGUAUUAAGAGAGCUAACAAACAUGCCAUCUCCAAUGCACAACGAGUGCAGAAGUUCGCCCUGAUUCCCCACGAAUUCUCCCUGGCCACCGGCGAACUGGGUCCGACGCUCAAGAUCAGGAGAAAUAUUGUUCAUACCAAAUAUGCCAAAGUCAUAGAACGGCUUUACAGGUAA